UUGUCUGCCUGUCUGCACUGAAUCUGACUGCACUUGUCACAGCUUUGAGAUCUCAUGGAGGAGGAAAAGACAGAGAAAAUGUAUGAAGAAGGAAAGAAGAAAGAGAAAGAGGAAGAAGAGAAUGAAGACCUGAGGAGAUAUUGUCGAUACUUUACUAAAGAACAGUUGAUCAUGCUGUGUGUCUGUGUUGCUCUGCUUGUGCUACUUCUGGUCAUCAUCAUCACCUCUGUUCUCCUGACUCAAAAUGGAGGUAAAUAUCUCUCUCAAAAAAAAAUGGCAUCUGAAACGAUCCUGCCGUUCCCUACUGAUGGAGACAUGCUGGACUUCCUCGUCCAAACUGGAGACAUCAGGGAGAGAGACGCGCUGUACGCCACCUGGUAUCACCGUGCCAACAACAAGUCAGAGAUGAACAUAGCACUGCAAAGUUCUAUCAUGGUUCUGGAGGCUGAUGUGACUGUGCAGGGAUACGCUACGGUCAACGUGACCACUAUCCCCAUCAUGGCUCAUCCUCCUGCUGUCUACAGUGACAACACUCUGGACCAGUGGCUGGAAGCCGUGCUCCAGUCAAAGAAAGGCAUAAAGCUGGACUUUAAAUGCAUCCAGGCGGUGACUCCCUCUCUGGGCAUCCUGAGCAUGAAGAACCAGACUAAAGGCAUCAACCGGCCGGUGUGGCUGAACGCUGACAUCCUCCCUGGGCCAAACGUCCCAGCCUUCUGGCCUGUCAUCGACGGACCUGAGUUCUUGGCAAUGAUCCAUCAGAGUUUUCCAGACGUGACCAUCUCUCCUGGAUGGGCAGUUCUGUAUCUGCCCCAGUUCCCAAACGUCACCUACACACAGGCCAUGGUGGAGGACAUGUACGCCAUCAUCAAAAAUGUCCCUCAGACAGUCACCUUCCCCAUCCACGCGCUCAUGGCCAAGAACGGAUGGCCUCACAUCAGCUGGUUACUCAGCCAGUCACCAAAGUUCAGUCUGACUCUGUGGCAGAGCCAGGAAAAGAACCCCAGUGUGAAUGACCUGCUGUUCGUCAGAGACAACACAAACCCUAAGCGGGUCUACUAUGACAUCUAUGAACCUGUCCUGUCCCAAUUUAAAGAAGCUGCCAAGCAAAGAGAUCGGCAGAGGAGGUUCUACCCUGGAGGAGACCUGAUUGACUAUUUCCAGCCGAAAUAUAGAGAUGGCUUGUACAUCCAGUGGAACACAGUCACAGACAGAGCCUCACUGCUUUCUCUGCUGUCAGACAGUGCCAGUGGCAUGCUCAUCAUUCCAGUAGGAUCUGGUUCCGCCCAGCCUGGGGUCCCAGUGGUGGAGGGCUCCCGUCCAGAGUUCCUUCUCCAGGACUCCCUGAACCUGGUUCUGGCCUCUCCAAAACCCUUUGGUAUCUACUUAAGGAUCCAGUCCCAGAGCCAGCUGGAACCCUCUCUCCGCCUCCUCAGCUCAGCUUACCACAGCGACCUCCUGUACCGCCCCGUCUGGGUCAACAUGGCUCUGUCCCAUGGAGCCUUCCAGACCCAGGGCUACAUCUCUGGGAGGGAGUUCCUCCACACAGUCAACCAGGUGUUCCCCUAUGUGACCCUGGCCCCCAGCUGGCCUCUUGAAGUCCUGAGGGAGGGGUAUAACAGGGCCAUGGUGGAUGACAUGGAGGUUUUACUGAAGGGGGCGUGGCAGGCUGUGUCCCUGCAGGUGAGGGCGGAGCCACUGGGGAGAUCUGUCGAGGGACAGAGGAGGAUUCGGGAGGUGCAGUCACGGUACUCACUUACAGUGGAGACCGGGAUAGAAAGUGGGAUUGAUGAGGCAGGACCACAGGCAAUCAUGGCCAACCUCUCUGGGAGCAAAGACAGAAGCUUGUUUUUUUAUAACUGAGAACUACUGGUCUAAGAUGUGAAGACAUGAUCACCUCUUAAAUUAGUUACAUUUUCAUCUAAUCUUUUGUUGUAUUUAAAGUAAAUGAAAAACAACCAUUCAAUUUAAUU